AUGUUACUGCAAUCUUCCCUCCUGAAUCAUCAACGGUAUCCCGAAGGUGCUCCCGGGACCGGGGGUUCGUCCCCGUUCGGCGCCGCUUCCAACUCCGUCACCACGACGGGCAAUCCGAUCCUACCUCUACUGGCUUCGGCAGUAGAUUCUGGAAGACAGGCUGUGCAGCAAGCAGCGUCACCACUGCGCGUCGAGGCUGCAACGGGCGCUGCCUCGCUGUCCAUCCCGAUCUACGUAUCUCCCGGCCGCGACCCGACCACAACUCCAAGCCUGGAGCUGACAUAUAGCUCUCAUGCGGCCAAUGGUCCAUUCGGCCUCGGCUGGUCCCUAACAGUACCAUGCAUCUCACGGAAAACGACCCGGGCGGUCCCACGGUACAGCGAUCAGGAUGUCUUCGUUCUGUCUGGGGCGGAAGACCUGGUGCGCCUCGAUGGGUCGGCAGCAAUCAACACAGCCGGCUACCUGGUACAUCAAUACAAGCCUCGGGUGCUGGUUGGGCCCUCUCAGGCGCGGAUCGAGCGCUGGAUUAACCCUAGCGAUCCGGCGGAUGACUUCUGGCGCACUAUCUCCUCCACGGGACUCACGACGCUCUAUGGGAAGAGCCUCGAAGACCGCAUCCACAACCCGGAGGACCCCCAGCGGACGUUCACCUGGCUGAUCAGCGCGACAUAUGACCUCAAGGGUAACUGCUGCGUGUAUCGCCACAAGGCCGAGGACUCGACCAAUAUCGACCUCUCCUGCGCCCAUGAACAGAAUCGCUCCACCCUGAGCCGUACGGCAGGGAGAUAUCUCAAGAGUAUCCACUACGGCAACCGUAAGCCGAAUCGUGAUCUGGAGACUUGGGCGGCGCUGCCGAUCCCGAUGAACGCCUCCGAGUAUCUGUUCACGGUCAUACUAGACUAUGGCGAGCACAACCAACAGCUGCCACAGCCCAGCGGGGAGACCCCCUGGACCGUCAGAGCAGAUCCCUUUUCCUCUUCAGCUGGUGGCUUCGAGGUGCGCAUGUACAGGCUCUGUCGUCGCGUGCUGGUAUUUCAUAACUUUAUCGAGAAGGACGUCAAGGACUGCCUCGUCUCCUCCACUGCAUUCGCCUACCAGGAAGCACCGACCGGGUCGACGCUGGUCGCGAUAAAUCGCCACGGACAUCGUAGAGUCUCUGAUGGUAGGGCCGGAUAUCGGUACACCGACGAGAGGCUCCCAGCCUUCCAGAUGGAGUACAAAGACGGAGAGCGCCUGCAGCCAGUGGCCGUGGACGCAUCUCAAUUCCCCGAUCUGCCCCACGCACAUCCUCAGCAACGCACCCAGUGGUUGGACCUGAAUGGCGAAGGAUCUCCCGGUCUCCUAGCUCAGCUUGCUAGUGGAGAGUGGGUGUAUAUGAGGAACGAGAGCUCAAGAGACCCCGACUCGGCGGCAGCGUUUAGCCCGCCUCGCCGGUUGCAGAAUGUCCCCAAUUCCCUACUGAACCCGAGCGGCUUCUUCGCUUCUUUGACCGAUGACGGAUCGUUGCAAUUUGUUGACCGCGACGGUAGGAAUAAUCGACUUCAAGGGUACUCCGAACGCAAUACCGCGGAAGGUUCCGGAUGGGGCCCGUGGGUACUGUUUCCUAGUGUUCCUUCAGAGCUGGACGACAACGGAUUGGACACAUAUUCGAUUGAUCUCGCCGGUAGCGGACGCCAGGAUCGAGCCCAUUUCAUGCAGGACAGCUCUGGCCAGCUGCGGUGGUAUCCAUCCCUCGGUACCGAUGGCUUUGCGCCAGCCCGGAUACACUCCGGUCCCCUGAUCCCCAGGGACGAGAGAGGAACAGCAGCCAUCCUGCUGGCCGACAUGACAGGUGAUGGACUCACAGAUGUAGUCCAUGUGCGCGCUGGAGAGAUCGUCUACUGGCCCAACCUUGGCCACGGACAGUUCGGCACCUGUGUGAGGAUGGACAACGCCCCCAUCCUAGCUUCAUAUGACGAGUUCAACGUCUCUCAAGUUCGGCUGAUGGAUGUAGAUGGAUCUGGAUGUGCGGACCUGGUUUACUUUAUCCCCGGAGGCGGUGCUGCCAUCUACUUCAACCAGAGCGGAAAUGGCUGGAGCGAAGCCGUCUCGCUCUCUGUUGUUCCCGACAUGAGCCUGCUGGCGAGCAUUGAAGUGGUCGAUAUCCUUGGGCGAGGUCUGCCGUGUAUCUGCUGGACGUUGACGCAGACCACCGGAGCAGGUUCCCCUCGUCUCUACUAUCUGGAGUUGAUGGGGGAGAUGAAGCCCUGGUUACUGACCGAAUAUAGCAACGGGGUUGGAGCAAAGGUCUCCCUGGAAUACCAGCCAUCCACUCACUUCUACCUCCAAGAUGAGGGCACCAGUCAGGCGUGGAAUACCCGACUGCCCUUCCCAGUGAUUUGUGUUGCUACUCAGACGACCGAUGAUCAAGUGGCCGAGACGAAGCAGGUCACCCGCUACGCCUACCACGACGGCUUCUACGACCGCACUGAACGGGAGUUCCGGGGGUUUGGCCUCGUGGACAUCUGGGACAGUGAGGAUCUAUCGGCAGGUCCUGGCCUCAAGAGAUUGGAGGCACCACCACGACAUUUGCGCACUUGGUACCAUACCGGAGCGCCGGUAUCAGCACUGGAGACUUCCUUUGGCCAUGGCGAUUUGAGCGUACCACAGUUGGUGCCGUUCCAUCUGCCUGAAAACGCUGCCAGUCCGAGUGAAGUCCGAGAAUCGCUGCGUGCGCUGAAGGGGAAGAUCCUCCGGAGCGAAACGUAUCCCGAUGGAAGGUCGAGAGAGGAGCGAACUCCUUUGGCAGUAACGCAGCACAACUACACUAUUUUAAUGGAGCAGGAGAUCGAAGACACUAACGAGAACCGAAAGACCACCGAUCUCGACAUGGUGGUCUACGAACAACCUCAUGGACGGUUCCGAGUCCUACCCCGUGAGUCUCUUCAGGUCUCGUACGAGGCUAAUAAUGAUCUGCAAGAUGCCCAGAUGGAACAUCAGAUGUACCUGGAGACGAAUGAAUACGGACAGUGCACCAAGCAGGUCACUGUCCAAUACGGACGACUGGAUCCUCCACAAGAUCUCGACGAAGACACAAGAGCUACCCAGCAGGAGACCAUCGUCCACUAUACCGAGUCCAAUCUGACGAACGCUAUCGACGAAGAUGACUUCUUUUCCCUGCCCACGACAGCCGAAGAGAAGGGAUAUCGAAUGCGUGGUCUUUCAGCACCAGAACUUCCAUCAUUACUCUUCUCGUUCGAGGCAUUCUCUGCCAACGGCUGUGCCUUGUUCAAAGCGGCCACCGAAACUCCCUACGAGCGGGAUCGUGAUCCUGUCGUAUCUCCCGAAGUAUACAAAGUCCUGACAUCCAACACCCGUUCCUACUACUGGAAUUCUGACCUGACGAGCCGCUUGAAGUUGGGCCAGAUCGAAGCCUACUCCGUGCUAGACCGUACAUACCAGCUAGCAGUCACCUCGGGGCUCAUGCUUCAGGUCUUUGGCACGAACGAUGACAGCACCUCCUUGCGCACCGGCUGGUCGGCCCAAGACGGAGCCUAUGCAGAUCUUGAUGAUAACGGCAGCUGGUGGAUUCCGAGCCAGCAGAGCCGGUUCUGCUUCCCUGCCGCAGCCGACGAUGCUGACACCGAGCUUCUUCAAGCACGAUCGCAUUUCUAUCUCCCCAGGUUCACCAUUGAUCCGUACCGGAACGUUGGCGAAGAAGAAGUAGAUCAAUACUGCCUGUUGAGAGUCCGAUCGACCGACGGGGUGGGCAACACCGAGUCAUACCAGCCGGAUUUCACCAGCCUGCAGCCCGUUAUCCUCACAAACUCAAACGAGAACCGCGUCCUGAUUGCCUAUGACGGCUUUGGGGCUCCUAUCGGGGCAGCAGUCCAGGGGAAGGUCGGUGAAGGACUCGGCGAUACGUUGGACGAUUUCUCAACCACAGUCAGCAGAGAGGACAUGCUAUCCUUCUACGCCGAUCCCGUUAAGUCGGCAGCAAAGCUGCUGGGAUCUACAUCCUGGCGACGCAUCUACAAUCGGGAAUGGACGUCAGAAAUGCCUGCCUUUGAGGCCGAGCUCCGUCGGGACCAACAUCUCUCCUCGCCGUCACCUGCGCAGAUCUCCGUCUCGAUAUCGUAUCUGGAUGGUCGUGGUAACAAAAUACAGUCCUUGACCUUGCAUUCAGACGAAUCAACGGUUAAGUGGAGGAGAGAGGGAUGGAGUAUCUGCAGUACAAUGGCAAAAAGCUCUGUCUUGACCUUUGUGCCAUCUCUUGAGAGUAGCCAUCGCUACUCCAAACGCAGUGAUCUCGCUCCGGAGAAUUUCCCACCGAGCUCUGUUACUGUCUAUGAUGCAUUGAACCGGGCAGCUGCGACUCUGCACCCCGACCACACCUGGCAGGUCACGACGAUUGGUGCUUGGACGGUCAAACAGAGAGACGGCGGAGAUAAUGUCCUGGUAGAGGACAUGGCAGCCGACCGAGAGGUCGGUGCUCUCAUAUCAGCCUCCAUGGAUGGUAACCGCUACUUACCCACCUGGUAUGCAACUCACAGCGCCUCCACAGCCUCUGCACAGGAUCAGGCGGCCGCAGAAAAGUCCAAGGUCUAUAGCAAUACCCCGGAUCUCCACCAUCUAGAUAUCGCUGGCAAUGCCGCAGCAGCCUUUGAUGCCCUGGGUCGGGAAGUGACGAGGAGCCAGCGGGACCUCUGUGGUCGUACUCUCUACGAAUCCAGCAUGGACAGCGGGCCGAGCUGGUCGUGCCCCGACGCCCUCGGCAGACGAUGGCUGACCUGGACAGUGCGGCCCGAUGAUGUGAAAGGCAAGAACCGAAUGCGCAUGGGAUAUGAUGAGAUCGGACGGCUGACCCACGUCUGGCUGCAAGAAGGCCUCUCUAGCAGCACGCCGGAGCGCCUGAUUGUCCAGCAUGAAUAUGGAGAGAGCCAGUCCAACGCGACGAAGAGGAACCUGCACAGACAACACUACCGCACCUGGGACCAGGCUGGACUGUACACCAGCACGGCGUACGACUUCAAGAGGAACUGCAUCAGUCGACAGACGACCUUCGCUCAGGACUACAAAGGUAUCAUCGACUGGUCUCUCACCGGGCAAGAUCGGCCGGCUCUGGAGGAGACGGUUCAUGCCGAAGAGGCCGAGUACGAUGCAUGCAACCGGGCUUUGCGUGUGGCGGGUGUGGAUGGGAGCAUCACCCAGAAUAUAUACAACGUUGCCGGUUUCCUCCAGACGCUCCUUCUCACUAAAAGAGCCAGCCCAGAAACGACAGAAACCUAUCUAGAAAAUGUCAGUUACAAUGCCAUGGGCCAGCGAGAGCUCGUCAUGUACGGUAAUGGCGUUCAGAUACGGCAUGACUACGACCCAUUGACCCAACUGGAGGUGCACAAGAAGACAUUGACGAAGAGUGGCGCAGUCCUCCGAGACCUCCAAUACACGCACGACUGCGCUGGUCAACAGGUUUACCGCGAAGAUGCCGCUCAGCAGAACACUUACUUCCGCAACAGCAUCGUGCGACCUGUCAAUGACUACACAUACGAUGCACGGGGUCAGCUUAUCAAGGCCACCGGAAGAGAGCAGGUCGACGCCCAGGGAUCUUCUCUCACCCCAUACGGUCCCAGGUACAAGGGACAGCAGACGAUCCCAGGUGACGGCCGUCAGAUGUGCCAGUAUACAGAAUCCUUGCAGUACGAUGGGGCUGGCAACAUCAGCUCUCUGACCCACGACUCAGGCGAUAGACGGAUCUCAGGCUGGAAACGCGUGUAUUCCUACGAUGAGGCUAGCUGCUUGACGGACUCAGUGUCGGGAGUCAAAAACAACCGGCUCAGUUGGACCACUGUCCGUGGGGCGCAGGAGAACUACACCUACGACAACCGGGGGUGCAUGACUUCUAUGCCAGGGACAGUGAAGGCAAGUUGGGAUCAUCUCGCGCAGCUUCGAGUCAGCACCUCUCAGCGGGUGCGCGAGGGCACUCCCGAGACCACCUGGUAUGUCUACAACGCAUCAGGGGACCGGGUGCGGAAGGUCACCGAGCGAGCUUCCGCAACAGAAGAAGAUGCCACCAAGCUGCGGGAAACUUAUACACUCGCUGGCUUUAGUGGCUACGAGAUCUAUCGCGAGUACUCGGGCCAGGGUGCCGUUGAGUCAGAGAAGAAGAUGGUGCAGGUCUCAGAUGGAGAUUCGACCCCUCUCGCCCUGGUGGAAGAUGUUGUAACUGGCCUGAACGGGUCAGCGUCAGCCUCCCAGUCUCUCCUCCUGGUCCGAUAUCAGCUCGAUGAUGGGCUGGAAGUCGACGACCUCGGACAGGUCAUCUCCCUGGAGGAGUACUCGCCGUUUGGCUCGACCACCUACCGGGCCACUCGCAGUGAUGUCGACGCUCCGGCCAAGUAUCGGUUCUCUGGCUACCCUCGAGAUACCCAGGAUACGGGGCUUUACCACUGCGGAGUGCGGUACUAUGCCGCCUGGAUCGGUCAGUGGACAUCGCCAGAUCCCCUGGGGGUCCUGGACGGGCUCAACGGCUAUUGCUACGUCGGGAAUGACCCCGUGAACAAGGUGGACACCCAGGGGACG